AUGGAUCGUUUAGCAUUUAACUGCUUGAAACGUUUCAUUUUAGCUCUUGCUUUGCUUAUUCUCCAGUGCAGCUACCAUUUAUUUGUUGCUACUGGAGACACCCUUUCUAUGGGGGCUUCUCUGAGGGAAAAUCAGACCAUUAUUUCGAAGAAUGGUACUUUUGAAUUGGGAUUUUUUAGUCCCAACGGAACCAACAACUGGUAUGUUGGCAUCUGGUAUGCUCAGAUCCCUGACAAGACCAUUGUUUGGGUGGCUAACAGGGAGACUCCCAUCAGAGACCUGCCCGGCGUUUUGACGCUCUCUACAUCUGGUUAUCUCACUGUCUCUGAUUGGCAAGGACAAAACAUUUGGUCUAGUAAUAAAACUCAGCAAACAAAGGCAUCCAGAGCUUACAUAUUGGACAAUGGUAAUUUUGUUCUAUUUGGCGCCCAAAACACUUCUGAGAUUGUGUGGGAGAGCUUUGGAGAUCCCACAGAUACACUUUUGCCUACGAUGAAGUUAUGGAAGGGCUUGAAAUUAAACUCUUGGAAGAGUUCGGUGGAUCCAGCGCCUGGGCCCUUCUUUGACCAAAUGAAUCCAUCCCCGGGAGAAACUGACCUUUCAAUGCACUAUAAAAAUGGCGUUUCAUAUUACAGUACGGGAGCAUGGACUGGUAGCUACUUUACCACUUUGCCAGGGGCUCUUUCUUAUACCAUUUUGAAGAUGGAAUUCCUGGUGUUUUCUCCCACAAGAAUGUACUACACAUAUAAGCUUGGACCCCAGGCUAGUACGAUGAUGGCUAGACAUGUUCUCAACAGGAACGGCGAGAUGGUACUCUACUAUUGGACUAAUAAUAAUAGCUGGAGCCCGAUUUGGUAUCAACCCCAAUCAAGCUGUGGCGUGUAUGGCGUAUGCGGGGCGUACGGAGUAUGUUUCACCGAAGAAAACAUUCAGUCAUGCAGAUGUAUGGAAGGCUUCCACCCAAGAAACGCUAUUGCCUGGAGUUCUCAGGAAUGGUGGUUAAGUGGUUGUGUUCGGCGUACUCCAUUAAACUGCGCCGCCAUCAAUGGCAGUGGCACGCAGGAUGGUUUCCUCCAAGUUACCGAUAAGUCUUUGUCUGAUAAAGAGCCUUUUCAAAUCACGUCAGAGUGGACUCUACUAGGAUGCAAAACUGCUUGUCUCAACAAUUGCUCCUGCACGGCCUUUGCUUUCACCGAUUCUAAUUCUGAUGUUUGUAAAUUGUGGUAUGGCGAUCUUUUAAGCAUGCGGGCUAAGGCCACUUCUUCUGACGGCCAACUCUUAUUCAUUCGAUUGGCUGCUUCUGAUGUGUCACUGUUGUCAGUCCACGCGGGAAGAGGCAGCAGCAGAGUAAUUGCACUCUCCAUUUCAAUUCCUCUGGGCGUUGCCGUUUUGAGUUGUAUGUUCAUCGGUGCAUGCAUUAUUCAGAGCAGGCGCGGAAGACUGCUUCAGAAAGUCGAGGAGUACGACGCACCAACAUCACUUAGAACAUUCACGUACAAAGAGCUCAAAAUUGCAAGCAGUAAUUUCGCCCAUGAGUUGGGAAAGGGAGCAUUUGGCUGUGUCUUCAAAGCAACUCUGCGAGACAAGACACUUGUCGCCGUGAAAAGAUUAGAGAGUUCCGCGCAAGCAGAAAAGCAAUUCCGUGCAGAAAUUAGCACCAUUGGAAACAUACAUCAUGUGAAUUUGGUGAGGCUUCGCGGAUUCUGCGUGGAGGGGUCCAAAAGAAUGCUCGUGUAUGAGUACAUGCAAAAUGGGUCUCUCAAUUCUUUCUUGGGCCGCAAAUCCAAAGAAGAAGACAAGGUGCUGGACUGGAAUACCAAAUUUGGAAUUGCUUUGGGCACUGCAAGAGGGUUACUUUAUCUUCACGACGAAUGCAGAGAUCGCAUCAUCCAUUGCGAUAUCAAGCCAGAAAAUAUUCUUCUAGACACGGAUUUCUCUCCGAAAGUGUCUGAUUUUGGACUAGCAAAGCUUGUUGGCAGAGAUUUCAGCAAAGUGCUGACGACAACAAGAGGGACGAUAGGAUAUUUGGCUCCCGAGUGGCUGACCGGCGUGCCGAUAACAGUGAAGGUGGAUGUAUACAGUUUUGGCAUGACCCUGCUCGAAAUAAUCUCAGGCCGACGAAAUAGUGAUUUGAGUGUGCAGGAAUCUCAACGCUACUUUCCCACUUGGGCAGCAACUCAAAUUCUCAAGGGAAACACAAUUGGUAUUGUGGAUGAAAGAAUUGCAGAUAAGGCAGAUGUUGAAGAGGUGAGAAGAGCAGCCGUGGUAAGCAUUCUGUGCAUUCAAGAGGAUGAGAAUGCGAGACCAAGCAUGGCUCAAGUUGUCCGAAUAUUGGAAGCCAAAUCAGAAAGUAAUGUGGAACAAUACGAGAGGUGCUUGCAAGCGCUCAUAGAUAAUCAUUGUGUUUACUAG